UUGUUUAGUCUCGGCUGUCUGCCAGCUAGUAGCCAUCCAGGACGCAAUAAUUCACCACCAACCAGCACAGGUUCGGCCCCCUGCAGACAUUGAUAAUAAGUGCUGCUUAAAAUCUAUGAAAACUUUGAGAGAAUAUUUAUGCUGAUACCAGUUGGCUCUCUUUAGUUUCUCAACAUCUCAUCUGUCGACGCCCAAGCUCACGACCCUUCCCUCAUUCGAGUUCACCGCACAUCGCUCCCGUGCUUGUUUCGUCCAUGGCCGAAGGCAAUCCUUCCGACGCGUUCUUAUGGUCAAUAGACGAAACAUGUAAAUGUUUGUGUCGAGAUGGGCAGACAUGGACAGACGAUGUGCUCGCUCUGGAAUCAAGACUCCGCCAACAGAGCGUCGAUGGCGAAACCCUGCUCACGUAUCAAUUUGCGUUUUCCAAAAUUCAGCUCAUGGUUGACUUGGGGAUUGCGACAUCCAGAAUGAAAGUGAAUCUGUCCAAAGAAAUCGACCGGCUGCGCCAGAGAAGCAAAGAAUAUCGGCGCUGGCAUAAAGCCUUUCUGGCUGAAUCCCGCCUGAGCGAUAGUAGUCCGAGCAGCUGCAUAUCGCCCAACGAGAAGGGCAUGAAUGAAAAAACAUCAGAACUCCCAAUGGUGUCAAAUGAAAGCGACGAUGGCCCUUCUGGCUCAUUUCUGCCGACAACCCCAGUGCGCUCUCUGCGCGUACCGUUUGGAAAGAUGUCCGGAUCAACACCAACAUCCACAGCAGAGGAUUUUAGACAGACGAUCGAUCAGUCUUCGUCGGAUUUGCCAUCAAAGCCGCCAGAAAGGUCGACAAGCUCUUCGAAGAAGCAGCGCCGCGUAGCUCCUGUCGAGCUAGAUGCUACAGAUGCGAAAAGAUUACUUGCCACUGCCACUAUAAACUUGGAUAGAGGUCUUUCAUUCAUACAAGAUCUACCUGGCGACGGAUUUUACAUGUUUUCGAAAGGAGCCAUCCCUUCGAAUCAUCGCUAUGUCAUUCAACGACAAUGUCAUCGAUUUUUGAAAGAAUCAUCCAAACAAGAAUUUAUGUUAAAAUCUGGAGUUAUAAGUCGAAUAUCCGAAGAAACUGAUAGUGAUGAUAUUAUUGAUAGCGACGAUUCUUGGGAUGAAGAAACGAAACAAGAGGUUGCCGCUGAUAUCGAAGAACAGCGGGAGCGUGAGGAAAGAUUGCAAGCCUGUCCGGUUCUUGACAAAGAACAGGUCUCUCGUAUUCUACAGGAAACAAUCGACGCUACGUCUGAAGCUUGGCACAAAUUCAAGCGACGUAAGUGUGAAAGAAAUGAAUACAAAACUUGGGUUCAGUUACGAAAACUGGGCGGAAAUAGCGCCGCUCAACGGGCACACAAACGAGCCCAGGACUUGCAGGACAGCAUAGACAAGCUUCGCAAGGGAAUCGAGGACCAGGUUUGGAAAUCUGAAGCAGAAGUUUGCUUGCAAGCAAAAUCUCUGGAACAAACUGUGGAAAACAGAUGCAGGGCUCUCUAG